GGACCAAUCUACGAGCAUGAACUUGUAACAUCAAAAGCACAAGACAAUUUAUGAUGUUCCAAAUGACAAUAUUUCAGCUCAUAACUUAGCUGGAUUGAUGUACCCACGCGUUUAUGGUUUAGACGUGUUUGGCCAUCUUCCCGAGGCUGUCACGGCCGCUGCGCGCGCUCUUCCUUUUCUGUAGUUGACCAUGGAUCUGAAUGCUGGCACGCUACUGGGCAAGUCCGGCGUGGAGCCAGCCCUGGAGGCCUGGUGCUUCCUGGCGACGUGGGCGAUGAUAGGCACGGCGGUGCCUGUCUUCCUAGCCCUCAUCGCCGGCAUCACUGCGCCGUAUGGGCGAUACGUCAGGUCGGGCUGGGGCAUCUUCUUGAACGCCCGCGUCGCGUGGCUGACACAAGAGAUACCCUCCCUCAUAGUCUUCGUCGUCAUGCUGUUGUUGUUUUCGACUCCUGACAGCUUCCUGCAGCACCCGCUCAGCGCUCGCACGGUCCUAUCUGGCGCGUUCUGCGCCCACUACGUCUACCGCUCAAUUGUGUUCCCCUUCAUCAUCCGCGGCGGCAAGCCCACGCCCUUGAGUGUGUGGGCCAUGAGCUUUGUGUUCUGCAUUUGGAACGGGUUCAUCCAGGGAUGGUGCUUCGCCCGCCAGAUGACGUCUGACACGCCCGUGUGGAACCCACGUGUAAUGGUAGGCCUGGCGGUGUGGCUGUUCGGCUGGCUGAAUGUGAUGCGCGCCGACCUCAUACUCAUCAACCUGCGCAAACCUGGAGAGUCCGGGUACAAGAUCCCGCACGGGGGCAUGUUCAACUUCGUGUCAGCGGGCAAUUACGCGUCAGAGAUUUGUGAGUGGAGCGGUUUCGCGCUGGCAGCCGGCACCCUGCCAGCAGCCGCGUUUGCGAUGUUUGCAUUCUGUAAUUUGUCACCGCGGGGGCACCACCACCAUCGCUGGUACCGGGAGAAGUUCAAGGGGGAGUACCCCGCGUCGCGGCGGGCGGUGAUACCGUUCGUAUGGUGAUGCGCCGCGCUGCUGCGCUUUCUGCACUCCAUGGGCGCACGCCAACGGCGCGUUUGCUUUUGCGGUUGCAGCCUGUGAUGGUUUUGCGCUGAUGGGGCCCUACGUUGGCAGAGGCUGCUGAGAAUUAUUGCAGUGAAGCUACUGACGGUGAAGCAAUUUAUACAAGGCGUUGCGGAGAAAAACUGUAGUGCAUGCAGAAGUGCACUUGGCACCUGCUGUGUAAUCAUACCUGCCG